GUUUGUAAGCAUAUAUUCUAAAACUUCUUCUUCUCUCUCUAAAACUACUAAUUUACUCAUUCUUUUCUCUCCUCCUCCUUUUUUUUUCUUCCCCUUCCCCCCCUUCCUCUCUAUGGCAUUGAAGAAAAGUCUCCUAGUCUGCACGCCAUUAGAAGCUCCAACCAUGGAAAAAAUGCUUGCUUCCAUGGACAAAGCCAAAGCAGAAGGUGCAGAUCUUGUGGAGCUUCGCAUAGAUUCCAUGUCAUUCUCUCACAUUUCUGAGGUUGAGAGCCUCAUCAAACAGAGAACCUUGCCUGCUAUUGUCUCUUUCAGGCUGAAUUCAUCAGGGAUCUCCAUCAAAAGUGAAUCCAAGAGCACUGGUUUGCAAGUGUUAAGGCUGGCUCUGGAGUUAGAUGUAGAAUUUGUUGAAAUGGAAUAUGAGGUGGCUUUCGAUAUCAUCAUGGAUAAGCAUAGGUUCAAGUGUUCUAAUAGCCAAAUAAUAAUAUCAAGCUAUGUCAAUGGUGGGAAACCUUCAAUGGAGAAACUUGGUCAUCUAAUUGCUUGCAUGCAAUCCAUUGGUGCAGAUUUCAUCAAGCUCGCAGUUGAUGUGGAUUAUAUCACAGAUCUACCUCCCAUUUUUCAAAUGCUUACACACUGUCAUGUGCCAUUAAUUGCUUUUGCAGUAGGCAGUAGAGGUCUUAUAAGCCAACUAUUGGGACCAAAGUUUGGUGGAUUUUUUGUAUAUGGGUCUGUGGGAAGCCAGUUGAUUCCUGGUUUACCAUCGUUGGUCAGCCUUAAACAAGUUUAUAAGCUUGAACACAUAAAUGUGGAUACGAAAGUUUUUGGCCUCGUUUCAAAUCCGGUAGGCCAUAGUAAAAGCCCUAUUUUACACAAUCUUGCCCUUAGACAUGCUGGAUAUAACGGAAUUUAUGUUCCCAUGCUGGUUGAUGAUGUUGCUAAGUUCUUCAAAACCUAUACAUGGAUGGACUUUGCAGGUUUCAGUGUCGGAAUACCACAUAAGGAAGCAGCAAUAGGAUGUUGUGAUGAAGUCCAUCCACUUGCAAAGUCCAUAGGAGCUGUAAAUACCAUAGUGAGGAGGCCAACUGAUGGAAAGCUGGUUGGUUAUAAUACAGAUUGUGAGGCUUGUAUUACUGCAAUAGAGGAUGCAAUAAGAGAAAAACAAGCCUCCAAUGGGGGAAUAACACGUAAUUCUCCUAUAGCUGGAAAACUAUUUGUGUUGGUUGGAGCAGGAGGUGCAGGAAGAGCAAUUGCUUUUGGUGCCAAAGACAGAGGAGCUCGAGUUAUUAUUUUUAACCGCAAUUAUGAGAGAGCAAAAGCUCUUGCAGCGGCGGUUUGUGGGGAAGCACUGCCAUAUAAAUAUUUAGAAAGGUUCUGCCCUGAAAAUGGGAUGAUUCUUGCAAAUGCUUCUGCUGUGGGAAUGGAACCAAGAUUGAAUGAGACUCCAGUUUCAAAGGAGGCCUUAAGAUCAUAUGAACUGGUUUUUGAUGCGGUUUACACUCCUCGAAAUACACGGCUCCUGCAAGAGGCAGUUGAGGUUGGAGCCAUUGUUGUAAGUGGAGUUGAGAUGUUCAUCAGGCAAGCCCUUGGUCAAUUCAGGCUGUUCACUGGUGGUCCAGCCCCGGAAGAGUUUGUGCGCAAACUGGUUCAAGAACAAGUUUGAUGCUUUUGCAUUACCAUGGUAUGAAUUGAAUGUUUUGUAUGUACUAAUUAUGGAGUCCUGUGCCAAUUUUCAAGAAUUGACGAAAAAUAAAAGAAAAUGAUAACCCAAAUUUGCGUCAUCCUUUUUUAAGGUGACAGGUACAGGAAAAAUUUAAUGGGAAAAAGCUUGAUGUAUAAACUCUUCAGCUCAGAAAGCUAUGUCACAAACUCCUAAGCAUUUUAAAUAUAUAUAUAUGGUUAUUCUCUCCA